CUCAUCCCAGAGAUUCCGAUCAGCAGCAGUCCCGCAGUCCAGAUCCAAGUGGAAUAUGUUCAAGUUACUCGGUUUGACGCUGCUCAUGGCAAUGGUGGUCCUUGGGCGACCGGAGCCGCCAGUCAACUCGUAUCUGCCUCCCUCCGAUAGCUAUGGAGCACCGGGUCAGAGUGGUCCGGGUGGUCCCGGUGGUCCGGGCGGCAGGCCAUCGGAUUCGUAUGGAGCUCCUGGUGGCGGAAGCGGCAAUGGCAACGGUGGACGACCCUCGGACAGCUAUGGAGCACCAGGAUUGGGCCAGGGUCAGGGACAGGGACAGGGACAAGGUGGAUUCGGUGGCAAGCCCUCGGAUUCCUAUGGAGCUCCUGGUGGCGGAAGCGGUGGUCGUCCCUCGAGUAGCUACGGUGCUCCCGGCCAGGGUCAAGGACAAGGACAAGGACAAGGCGGCUUUGGCGGCAAACCCUCGGACUCGUAUGGUGCUCCUGGUGGUGGCAAUGGCAAUGGCAACGGAGGACGUCCAUCGAGCAGCUACGGAGCUCCUGGCCAGGGACAAGGCAACGGAAAUGGCGGUCGUCCUUCGAGCAGCUAUGGUGCCCCUGGUGGCGGCAAUGGCGGUCGUCCCUCGGACUCCUAUGGUGCUCCAGGAGGCGGUAAUGGUAAUGGCGGACGUCCCUCGGACUCUUAUGGCGCUCCUGGUGGUGGUAACGGAAAUGGCAGCGGCAACGGCGGUCGUCCAUCCAGCAGUUACGGAGCUCCUGGUCAGGGUCAAGGUGGAUUUGGCGGACGCCCUUCGGACUCUUAUGGUGCUCCUGGUCAGAACCAGAAGCCCUCGGACUCCUAUGGAGCCCCAGGUAAUGGCAAUGGCAAUGGCAACGGCGGACGUCCUUCGAGCAGCUAUGGAGCUCCAGGAUCCGGGUCAGGAUCAGGAUCUGGUGGCCGACCCUCCGACUCUUACGGACCCCCCGCCUCGGGAUCUGGAGCUGGUGGCCCUGGAGGCAGUGGACCCGGUGGCUCUGACUACGAAAACGAUGAGCCCGCCAAGUACGAAUUUAAUUACCAGGUUGAGGACGCGCCCAGCGGACUCUCGUUCGGGCAUUCAGAGAUGCGCGACGGUGACUUCACCACCGGCCAGUACAAUGUCCUGUUGCCCGACGGACGGAAGCAAAUCGUCGAAUACGAGGCCGACCAGCAGGGCUACAGGCCGCAGAUCCGGUACGAAGGCGAUGCCAACGAUGGCAGUGGUGCCAGCGGUCCUGGUGGCCAGAAUCUGGGACCCGAUGGCUACUCUAAUGGACGCCCUGGUAAUGGAAAUGGCAAUGGCGCUGGCGGCUACUCUGGAGGACGUCCUGGUGGUCAGGAUCUGGGUCGCGAUGGCUACUCCGGUGGACGUCCAGGUGGGCAGGACCUUGGCGCAGGUGGCUACUCCGGUGGCCAGGACUUGGGACCCAAUGGUUACUCCGGUGGUCGCCCAGGUGGUCAGGACUUGGGUGCUGGUGGCUACUCCGGUGGUCGCCCAGGAGGUCAGGACUUGGGUCGCGAUGGUUACUCCGGUGGACGUCCAGGUGGUCAGGACCUUGGCGCAGGUGGCUACUCCAGUGGCAGACCUGGCGGCAAUGGAGGCAAUGGCAAUGGCAACGGCAACGGAAAUGGUGGUUCCGAUGGCGGUCGUGUGAUCAUCGGUGGUCGCGUGAUUGGCGGCCAGGAUGGCGGUGACCAGGGCUACUCUGGCGGACGUCCUGGUGGUCAGGAUCUGGGCCGCGAUGGCUACUCCAGCGGUCGCCCAGGCGGUCGACCAGGUGCCAAUGGCCAGGAUAACCAAAAUGGUCAGGGAUACUCGAGCGGCAGGCCGGGUGGUCAGGGAGGAUUCGGCCCCGGUGGUCAGAACGGCGACAACGAUGGCAGCGGUUAUCGGUACUAGAGACGACUCACAGACACAUUUAGCUAGAUCCCUCGAACAUAUAGCAAUACCUAGUUCUAAGUCCUUCUAGAAAUACACACAUACGUCCACUAUCUUUCUCCGCAUCCUUCGACAUCUAUUUGUGCCCAUUCUUCUCUCUUUCUCGCUGUCUUCCGUCCAUUACGCUUCCCCGAUUCCUCGUAGCCAUAAGACCCUGUUGUUGUAAAAGCAUGUGCGAAAAAUAACCCAAAAAAAAUAAUGAAAUGAUAAAGCUAUUCAGAUGUAA